UAUUAGUAACUCACUAUGUCGGGACGCGGGAAGCAGGGCGGCAAGGCUCGCGCCAAGGCCAAGACGCGCUCGUCGCGGGCCGGGCUCCAGUUCCCGGUGGGCCGCGUCCACCGCCUGCUCCGCAAGGGCAACUACGCGGAGCGGGUCGGGGCGGGCGCGCCGGUGUACCUGGCGGCCGUGCUGGAGUACCUGACGGCCGAGAUCCUGGAGCUGGCGGGCAACGCGGCCCGCGACAACAAGAAGACGCGCAUCAUCCCGCGCCACCUGCAGCUGGCCAUCCGCAACGACGAGGAGCUCAACAAGCUGCUGGGCCGCGUGACCAUCGCGCAGGGCGGCGUCCUGCCCAACAUCCAGGCCGUGCUGCUGCCCAAGAAGACCGAGAGCCACCACAAGGCCAAGGGCAAGUAAGGUUUCGAGGGCAACAAUUCAAACCAAAGGCUCUUUUCAGAGCCACCCACUACUUCUGAGGAAGAACCUGAACACUUUUGAAACUUUAACCACCGAUAACCUAAGUGUUAGGGACAAUACCUAGUCUCCCUUUUGACUUGGCCAUUUCUGGUAAAAGUCCUUCCAACUCCGUUUGUUCAACUAUAGAGCCAUGAAGCCACGUUUACUGUAAUCUAUUUGAUAGCAUCAAAAUAAGUUAAUAAUUUCUAACACCUAUCAACCUCUCACCACAGUAGGCAGGGCAAAGGAAAGAUUUGGUGCUCCAGGCGGCUUCCACACCAGUCUUAAAACUUGUUCAAAAACAACAACAAAAAGUAAAAAUAAAGCGCUUUUG